AUGAAUUUUAAUAAUAUGUACACAGAUUUGCUUGAAACAAUAGUAAAUAAACAACUUCGGAAUAUACUGUCAACCCCCUGUGAAUAUCAAUCAACUUUAGCUUCGGUUGCCAAAACAUCAAAAUUAUUCAAUCAAAUUGCCAAUGAAAGACUAUAUCGUGAGGUUGUGGUGUAUGACGACGACAACCAAUCGAUUGUGGAGAAUGACAACUGCACUUACAUACACAUUCACCAAUUUAGCAAGUUUGUUGAGUCAUUGACAAUCCAGAAUUUCCUCAAGAUCAGGUCUAUUCAGUUGCAUUGUAAAUCAAACUUUAGCAAGUACGACUACUCAGGCUUGUAUGAAAAAUUAGACAACUUCUGGUCUCACACACAACACAAUAUCGAAUUUAUCAACUUUGAUAUUGACAAUAUACGGAAAAAUCAAACAAUACUUCAAUUUUUGUCAAAAGACUGUUAUGAGAUUAUGGAGGAGAAUGAUGAAGUUGAAUCAAGUGGUGGGCCAAAGCAAUCAAAAGUCUGGAACUUGACGAAUUGGUCUAUUUUAGGAGCUCAAGAGUUAAAUUCAUUGCCGCUCUGGAGCCCAAACUUGAAGACAUUGGACUUCUUUAUUGAAACUAUCAUUGGCGAUGUUCAAUUUCCAACUCAGAGAGUAAAAAUGCCAAAUUUGGAGCAAUUGAACUUGAAUACAACUUUAUCAACCCAAUGCUUCUUGUCUUUGAAUCCAGAAGUUCCCAACUUGCAAAAAGUUUCAAUUUCUUACUCGCAUUCAUUUAAUAAACCAGCUAUAAACUUCCAUGAUUAUCAAAUGAUUGAUUUUGAUAAGCUUACCGAUUUGGAAUUGAAAUUUAACUGUUUGCAUUCAGAUUGUGCGUGUAUCAAUGAAUUUUAUCACGAAUUAUCACAGAACAGUCAUUAUUUCACUAAAUUGAGGAAUCUCAGUAUCGUCAACCACAACUCAAAGAAUCAUCUGAGUAACUUAGAUCAAUAUGCAUUCUUGUUGUCGAACCAGUUAUCCAAUUUGUUUAGUAAAUUCACCAGUCUUGAGUAUAUUUACAUCAGAGUCAAUGAAUUCGUUAAAAAUGACAGAAGUAAGAUUGAUUGGAAUAAAUUCAACAAAUCUGUAUCAAUGUUACCUCGCUUGCGCAGGUUGAUUAUAGCUGAUUUCUUCAAUUGGUGGGCACCAUCAAUUCAACUAACACGGAAUAUGAUGGUGAACACUUGCAGCUGUCAGGAAUGCCACAGUAUCAAGUCUUUGUUUCAACAAAUGGCCGCACACGACGAAGACAAUCAUUAUACACACAACUUUGACAAGUUUACCCUUGAUUCAACACAAGUGACACCAGGUCACAUCGAUCUUGUCAAGAAGGGAAAUUCAAAGUUUAUGUCAUAUUUGAUCAAUCACUACAAAUCUCAAUUUCAUCAGCUGAUUAUAUAUUCAAUGUCGGCAUCGUAUUUCAGAGAACAUGAUGAUCAAAGGCUUGCCCCUUUCAAGACUUUAUUUACGCAUGGCCAAUUAAAGCAAUUGGCAAAUUCGUUAAAGGUUGGUAAUCCAUCAUUAAAGGUUAAUUUUGGAGGUAUUGCAAUAUGA